AUGUCAUCAGAGUUGCAGCAAGUCCUGAAGGUCUGGGACCGCAUUAAAGCCAACAGCCCCAUCUAUGCCUUUCUGUUAAGUGAUGUUUAUAUUUACGAAGCGAAGACGGGCGUUUUUCAUGCUCGACUCCAGGUUGCUCCUCACCACCUGAACUCGAAGGGUACCUUGCAUGGUGUCUUUUCGGCAUGUGUCACUGAUUGGGCCGGAGGUUUGGCAAUUGCGACACAUGGCCACGAUUCCACUGGCGUGAGCACCGACAUCCACGUCAACUAUCUUUCCACCGCGACAACAGGAGACUGGCUGGAGAUUGAAGGUCGUGCUGACAAAGUCGGGAGAACCCUUUCCUUUACCACCGUCACGAUCUCGAAAAAAACCGAAUCAGGGCAAUCGGUGGUAGCCAAGGGCUCGCAUACCAAGUUCCUCAAGACCAAAUGA